AUGAAGAAGUUUGGUUUUGGCAAGAAGGGCGGCGACGACGGCGACGACGCUAGUCGCAAUGCUCUCUUUGGCAGCCGCAAAAAGAGUUCGACCCCGGCCGCUCAAACCGACAACCCGUACGCACAACAAGGAGCUCAAGGCGCGGCCGACCCUUACGCUGAUUCCGCAAAGUAUGCCAACGUUACUCCCUACCAGCAAGCCCGCUCCCAGCUUGGCGGCGGCGCUGCGCCAGGCGCUGGACAGCAGGAUCCCCCAGGUCGUGCUCCCGGCUAUGCCGGGUACAGCUCCGACAAAUACGGAUCUGGAGGCGGCUAUGGCUCAAAUAGAUACGAGAGCAACGUUGGAGCGGAUCGAAAUGCCGCCUCUACUGCCGGUGCUAGAGGCCCUGGUGGCUAUGGUGGCUUCGGGCGGAACGAAAAGGACGAGCAAGACAGCAACAGGGAGGCCCUUCUAGGCGGCGCGCAGGAAAGAUUUGCCCAGAGACAGCAAACAACAGCGACAACUGCGACCAGCAGUGGCUAUGGCCAAAGUGGCCCAUCUACUGCUUCGCAGGAUAGCUACGGCGGGUACGGCGACCAGCGAGAAUUGACAGCAGAAGAACAAGACGAAGCUGAAACGCAAGGGAUUCUUGCCGAGAAGCGCCAAGUGCAGCAAGAAAGUUCUGCAUCAGUCUCGCGCUCAGUUCAGAUGGCUAGACAAGCGAACGAGGUUGGCCGCGCUACGCUCGCGCGCCUCGGAGCUCAGGGUGAACGACUGCACAACACCGAGAAGAACCUAGAUCUUGCUGCCAAUCAGAACAAGAUUGCGCAAGAUAGAGCCGCGGAAUUGAAAACGCUCAACAGAAGCAUGUUUGCUGUCCACGUCUCUAACCCGUUCACAUCGAAGCAGCGCCAGCAAAAAGCGGAUGACGACGUCAUGAACCGUCACCGAGCCGAACGUGAUCAAAGAGAAACAACUCGCCGCGAAGGCUUCUCUGCUAACCAACGCAUGGAGUCCAAUUUCCGUGACAUGAGCACAUCCAGUGUCGCCAGACCUCAGCAGCGUGCCAAAAAAGACUAUGGCAAAUUCAACCUGGAAGAUGAAGAGGGGGCCGAUGAGCUCGAGGAUCAGAUCGACGAUGGUAUCAAUGAGCUCGAAGGCCAGGUUUCUAUGAUGAAUAUGGUUGGGCGUGCCAUUGGAAAGGAGGUCGAUUCGCAGAACAAACAGAUCGACAGGAUCAUGACAAAGGUCUGCAGCGUCCCGUGGUGUAUUCUUGGCGACUUUACUAAUUCUCUAUCUCAGAGCGAUGCUGUUGAUGAUGCUACUCGCAUGAACCGUGAGAGACUGGCUCGCAUCAAAUAA